GCCCGCCGCGCCCGGAGAUGCGGCCGGGAUGGCGGUGUCGGGGCUGAAGGCCGAGCUGAAGCUGCUCGAGUCCAUCUUCGACAAGGACCACGAGCGCUUCCGCAUCGUCUCCUGGAAGCCGGACGAGCUGCACUGCCAGUUCGUGCUGCUGCCCGCGGCGGCCGCCGGCCCGGCCCCGCCGCCGCCGCUCGCCAUCCACUGCAACAUCACGGAAUCUUAUCCUUCUUCAUCACCAAUAUGGUUUGUAGAAUCAGAUGACCCCAACUUGACUUCAGUGUUGGAGCGUUUAGAGGAUAUUAAGAAGAGCAACACCCUGCUUCUCCAGCAACUGAAACGAUUGAUAUGUGACCUUUGUAGAUUAUACAAUCUUCCUCAGCAUCCUGAUGUUGAAAUGUUAGAUCAGCCACUGCCAACGGGCCAGAAUGGAACGACGGAAGAGGUUACAUCGGAAGAAGAGGAGGAGGAAGAUAUGGGUGAAGACAUCGACUUGGAUCAUUAUGACAUGAAGGAAGAAGAACCUGUUGAUGGGAAGAAAUCUGAGGAUGAUGGAAUUGAAAAAGAGAACCUGGCAAUCCUAGAAAAAAUCAGAAAGAAUCAGCGGCAAGACCACCUAAAUGGUGCAGUAUCUGGAUCUGUCCAGGCUUCUGAUCGACUUAUGAAAGAACUCAGGGAUAUAUAUAGAUCACAGAGUUACAAGACAGGGAUUUAUUCAGUGGAACUUGUCAAUGACAGCCUGUACGAGUGGCAUGUAAAACUUCUGAAGGUUGAUCCUGACAGCCCAUUGCAUAGUGAUCUUCAAGUCUUAAAAGAAAAAGAAGGAGUAGAAUAUAUUUUGCUCAACUUCUCUUUUAAGGAUAACUUUCCUUUUGACCCUCCGUUUGUGAGAGUGGUCUCCCCCGUGCUAACUGGCGGGUAUGUUCUCGGUGGAGGUGCAUUAUGCAUGGAACUUCUGACUAAACAGGGUUGGAGUAGUGCCUAUUCCACAGAAUCGGUCAUCAUGCAGAUUAAUGCCACGUUAGUCAAAGGAAAAGCCAGAGUACAGUUUGGCGCGAAUAAGAAUCAGUAUAACCUAGCAAGAGCGCAGCAGUCAUAUAAAUCUCUAGUACAGUUACAUGAGAAAAAUGGUAUGUAUGGCUGGUUCACACCUCCAAAGGAAGAUGGUUAAUCUUGUGGAUUUCUCAUGCACUUGGACCAAUGUCAAUAAAAGAUUUUCCUUCCGACACAGAUUCAAGCUACGAAUGCCCAUGUAACAGCCAUACUGAAGAUUCUAGCUAAUAGGUAAUUAGUGGAUGAUCUUUUGACUGACACAUCCAGUAUAAGUUACAACCAAACAAUUCUGCUCUUCUGUCAAGUAUCCCGGACUGAACAGUUUCAGACUUUCCUGCAUUGUCCCUAUGGAAUAAGCAUACCAGUUCCUCCCCCAUCUUAAAGAGUAUGAAUCCAUCUAACAGGGUGGUUUACAAAAAUAUCAAUCAAUAGCAAUUUCUCCCAAUACCACCUUUUGUAUGCACUUAAUUUUUUUAUUUCUCUCAGACUGCGGACAGCAGAAAAUGGCAAUAUAUUUUAUUUAAAGCCUACCAAGUUGAAUAAAGCUAGUUUUAUAUGUUACAAAGUUUUUCAUGUCUUAAACAGGUCCUUUUUUCCCUUCCUCUUCUGGUCUAAAAUUAAAAGCAUUUGUAGUAUUGCCAAAUUCAGUGACGAUAGAUAGGAAAGCUGUAAUGUUACAUCAUCGAACUUUUUACCCCAUGGCUGCGCUGAGGAUACGAACUGUUUUCUUGGCAGAGAUGCUCCUCAGUCGUCCUGUUGCUUAAGCAGAGCCAGGCUGUGCCAAUAAAAGGUUGCAACUAGUCAUAUCCACUGGUACAUCCAUUUUUUUGCUGGGCUAUUCUGCUAGCUGUUGGCUCUCGUAUCUCCUUCGCAAGAGGGAGCCAUAGGUAUAAAGCUUGAAGUUAUUUAAAAUACUAGAAACCUCCUUUAGGCAUUCGGUUCUAUUAACGGGCUGUUGCAAUCAUUUGUAGACUAAUGAACUUUAAAAGUGAUUGGCAAAAUCAAGAAGACACUCCUUUAUAUUAAAAAAAGGGUUUUUAAACAAAAGCAAGAAAAGUCCCAGGAAUCUCUUGAUUCGAAGGGUUUUUUUUAAAAAAAAAAUGUUGCCAUAGUCAUGACCAUAGUUUUGCUGAAAAACUAAUGGGAAACUGCUCUUUUUAGGAAACCAAUCUGGAUCUGUAACUGCUGUGAGUUGGGUAACUGCUAUAUCAUUGCCUUACUUUUUAAAAAAUCAGGUGUGGCUUUAUUUUUAUUUUUAUUUUGGUAGUUGAAUUUGUGUAGACCUUUUUUUUCACAGGAAUUUAAUUAAGGGUGAAAGCACUUUUUUAGAAGUCCAAAAAUAUCUCGCCCCUCUCAGAAAAAACCCCCUCAUUUGUGCUUUCUUUGGCCUCCAGGCAUUUUACUUCAGGCAUUUGGUUACAUAUGCUGGUUUUUGUUAUUAGCUCGGAAGAUGAGACUAGAUGGGUUUGGCCUGAUAGAAGACAAUUUUGUGCGGUCUUUUAAGGAAUGCUGUGGGUGACUUUCAGUCUCCUUGCUUGUUUGGUUGUAUAUAUUAUUCCUAUAAAGUGCCGGUAGCAGCCUUAAGUUGGAGGCCAAAUUCUGUAAGCAUUUCUGCAGCUCCUUUAAAACCUGAGGUGAAAACUUUGAAUACGUUAUUGAAUUCCUUAAUAUUCUAAUGGACUAGCAGAAUGACAGGUGAACACUUGGCUUGCUUUUUAUUUUUUGAGUUUCAUUUUCAUUGCAGAAUUAUUUAGCAGUGUAUGGUAAUCUGUAAACUUGCAUCAAGUUUAUGAAUAAAGAACCAUUUUAAGAA